AUGUCUGUCAGCAACCACGAAAACAGAAAGUCUCGCUCCAGCUCCGGCUCCAUGAACAUCCAACUUUUUCACAAGACGUCCCAUGCAGACAGCCUGUUGACUCAGCUCAACCUACUGCGCAAAAGGAAAGUCUUCACAGAUGUUAUCCUGAAGGCUGGCAACAGAUCUUUCCCCUGUCAUCGGGCCGUUCUGGCCUCCUGUAGCAGAUAUUUCGAGGCUAUGUUCAGUGGUGGACUCAGGGAGAGCCGUGACGCUGAAGUUAACUUCCACGACUCUCUCCAUCCGGAGGUGCUGGAGCUGUUACUGGAUUACGCCUACUCAGCCAGAAUCAUAAUAAAUGAAGAAAAUGCCGAGUCACUCUUGGAAGCUGGAGACAUGCUCCAGUUCCACGACAUUCGAGAUGCAGCGGCAGAGUUUUUAGAAAAGAACCUCCACCAGUCCAACUGUCUGGGGAUGAUGCUGCUGUCAGAUGCCCACCAGUGUCAGAGACUGUAUGAGCUGUCGUGGAGGAUGUGUCUGGCCAACUUUGCGUCUCUCUUCAGAACAGAGGACUUUCUCAGCCUACCCAAAGACAAAGUCCAGGAGCUGAUUCUCAGCGAGGAGCUGGAGGUGGAGGACGAGAGCCUGGUGUACGAGGCUGUCAUCGACUGGGUCAAAGCCGACAUGGAUCGAAGGCACAGCGAGCUGCCGGAGCUGCUGCGCUGCGUCCGACUGGCACUGCUUCCCGAGACGUAUCUGCUGAACAAUGUUGCGUCCGAGGAGCUGGUCAUGUGUCAUAAGGUGGGCCGGGAGAUUGUCGAAGACGCCGUGCGGUGUAAAAUGAGGAUCCUCCAGAACGAUGGCAUCGUGACAGGGUUCUGUGCUCGGCCGAGAAAAGUCAGCCAGGCUCUGCUGCUGCUGGGAGGACAGACUUUUAUGUGCGAUAAAGUCUACAUGAUUGAUAAUAAGACCAAGGAAAUCACCCCAAAAACAGACAUCCCCAGUCCUAGAAAGGAAUGCAGUGCCUGUGCCAUAGGUUGCAAGGUUUACGUUACAGGAGGGCGUGGCUCCGAGAACGGAGCAUCCAAAGACGUCUGGGUCUACGACACCUUACAUGACGAGUGGUCCAAAGCCUCCCCCAUGUUGGUUGCCAGAUUUGGACACGGUUCCGCAGAGCUCGAUCACAUGCUGUACGUCGUGGGGGGACACACGUCUCUCACAGGAUCCUUCCCUGCCUCUCCGUCUGUGUCACUCAAACAGGUGGAGCAGUACGACCCCCAGACCAACAAAUGGACACUAGUGGCUCCGCUCAGAGAAGGCGUGAGCAACGCUGCCGUCGUCGGUGCCAAGAACAAGCUCUUCGCCUUCGGGGGCACCAGUGUGAACAGAGACAAGUAUCCCAAAGUGCAGUGCUUCGACCCUUGUCAGAACCGCUGGUCUGUACCGGCCUCCUGUCCACAGCUGUGGCGGUACACAGCUGCUGCUGUUGUUGGCAACCACGUUGUAGUGAUUGGCGGCGACACCGAGUUCUCCGCCAGCUCCGCUUACAGAUUCAACAGCGAGACCUUCCAGUGGUCAAAGUUCGGGGAUGUGACCGCCAAAAGGAUCAGCUGCCACGCUGUGGCGUCAGGAAACAGACUGUAUGUGGUCGGGGGAUACUUCGGGGCUCAGAGGUGUAAAACACUGGACUGUUACGAUCCAUCGUCGGACUCUUGGGACAGUGUGACCAGUGUGCCCUACUCUCUUAUUCCUACGGCCUUCGUCAGUACUUGGAAGUAUCUCUCUGCAUAACAGGACGCCUCGUCGCAAGUUUCUAUGAUCAACCAUAGUGUCUGGUAUGUAGACACCUCUCCUCGUUGUCUGCAGUGGGAGGAGGAGGAGGAGGAGGAAGAAGAAGUUUGUGUCUGCUCCAUCCAGCCUCGACUCACAUCAGCUCCAUCUGCUGUGGAGUUGAGGCCCAUAUCCUGGAAACGGCCCAGAGACUUGAAGCGCCUGUUCUCCCUCUCUCUCUCUCUCCACCUGAUCUGUUUACUCCUCGCUCCUUGUGUAACUUUCCCAUGUCGCCUCCAGCCUGAGCUGCUGGUGAUGGUUGCCAUGUUAUAGGAAACAGAAUUAACAGCACACGCUCUCUCUCUCUGUGUGUGUGUCUCUCCACCAGGCAUCUGCUGAGGAUUAUUGACUUUCCACCACACGGUUGAAAUAAGCUACUGAGGCCGCGCGGCCUCUAACGCCGCUCUUUCCCGCUCACUCCGUCAUUACGCGUGUACCAUCUCAGCAGCAGAUUACCACCUCAUCAGAAUACGAGAGGACGUCUCACUGUCUCCUCGCCGACGUGUUGUUUCACAGCCGGCUGACACGGGCCGUCCUCUCCUUCUGUUGUGGUUCUUCUCUCCUCCUGACACUGGGCUUUUACUCAGGUGUAAUUUAUUUGGAUUGCAGAUGGACUGAAUUAGACCUUUGCUCUGCCAAGUGGAUGGAGAAGCAGAACAGGAAGUUUAGGGGGACGAGGAGGAGGAGGGAGGAGGGGGGGUGAUUUUCCUGUCUGUAUUUUUAGACGUUGGACUUGGGCUUCCCUCAAUUUUGGUGAAGCUAAAUUUGUAUUUUCCUGCUCCACUUAAAGUGGCAGGAGAGAAUGUGACCCAUUAUGGCUGAAGAAGAUACCGAACGGUUUGAAGAUUUCAUACUAUGACUUAUCAGUUGUUGUUUUUGUUCGUCUCAGGGUAUUGUAUAGUUUUGCCUGUAAUUGUCAAAGGAAAGGUAACGUUUUUGUCUUUUUGUUUCAAUUUUUUUUAACGUGUGAUUUUUUUUUUUUUCACAAUAUCUUUUAUUUCGGAAUACUUCCUGAAACAGCGUGAUUACUCUUAAUAAGCUGUGUUAAAAAUAAUCACCUGUUUCUACCUUAAUAUUUGCCAAAAGCAGACUAGCUUACUUUAGUGAUGUUUUUUUGUUUUGUUUUUUUUAUUUCAACAAAGAAGAACUAGGUAGUUAACUUUGUAGAUAUAAGACUUAAAUACCUGUCACAGAAGUCUUUUGUGUUUGUAUAUUUGCCUCUGAUUUGCACACAUCUUUACUGGUCUUAAUUUCGUAAUUUUUUUAAUUUUAUUUCUUAACCCAGAUUGGGUCGUGUGAAUAAUCACAGCCUGUUUUUUUUGUAGCAGUUAAUUCUUAUUUUUCAGUUUUGUGUGCAGCUUUCCAGUUUAUCAAAUGUACUCCUAUAGUCAACUCUUACUGACACACACAUACACCAACUGUUACUACAUGUACUACAGCUCACAACUUGUCAAUAAAUGUCACCUGGUUGGAAAAA